AUGCAGCUGAAUGUUUCAAAGCUAUUAGGUUCGUCUUGUAAAACUGAUUCUGACUGUGAGCGAGUUGAGUUUGCCAAAUGUUCGAGAACUGAGAUUUGUGUAUGCUCAUUGAAUACACUUGCUGUUAAUGGAACAUCCUGUGUACCAAUUUUGAAUGAAUUCUGCGAAGAUAAUGCCGACUGCAAAGUGGAUAACUCUGAGUGUUUUGAUAAUAAGUGCGAAUGCAAAUCAUGGUUUCGAACUAUUGCUAAUACUGAAUGUGAAAGACCACACUUAGGCAUGAAUUGUCGAGAAUCCAUAGACUGUCAUGUCUUCCUAGACCACUCAGAAUGUUCAGAAGAAAAAAAAUGUGCAUGUCGUCAUGGUCGUUAUGCAAUAAACAAUACGAGGUGUGCACCAGCAUUCAACGAAGCAUGCGAUUAUGGAGAAAUAUGUGCAUCCGAAAACUCUAUUUGCACCAACGAUAAAUGUCAAUGCAAAACUGGUUAUGUUUAUCAAGAAUCCAAAUGUGUGCCAAAAUUUUUGGGAAUGCCAUGUCAAACUGAGGAAGAUUGUCAGGAAAUUGAAUUUUCAACGUGUUCAGAUAAUAAUAUUUGUGUUUGUCAAUUGAAUUACGGGGGACUGGAUUUAUUAACUUGCUCGCUACUUAUAGGGGCUGACUGUUCAAAAGAUGAUGAUUGUGUCGCUAAAAAUUCUCGUUGUUUUCGUGAUAAAUGCGAGUGCAUGGAAUAUCAUUCUGCUCAUUCAAAUGCUCUCUGUGAACUAACAAUACUUGGACAUUCCUGUCAGAAUAACGAAGAUUGUAGGAACAUAAAUCAUGCAAUAUGUUCGAAAAAUAAAAAUUGUGACUGUGUAUCAAAUAAUAUCCGGGUAAAUGAAACUUACUGUGCACCAGCGUUGAAGGCGUUUUGCUGGAAGGGUGAAAAAUGUGCAACUGAUCAUGCUUCUUGUAUUGAUGAUGAAUGUCAAUGCGAUGGAAAUUCAGUACAGCAUUCCAAUGAUCAGUGCUUACCAAAGCUAUCAGGUUUGUCUUGUAAAACUGAUUCCGAUUGUGAAAGAGUUAAGUUUGCCAAAUGUUCGAAAACUAAGGUUUGCAUGUGCUCGUUGAAUACAAUUACUGUUAAUGGAACAUCCUGUGUACCAAUUUUAAAUGGAUUCUGCCAUACAAAUCUUGACUGCAAAGUGGAUAACUCUGAGUGUUAUGGUGACGUGUGCGAAUGCAAAUCAAUGUUUCAAGCUAUCGCUAAUACUGAAUGUAAAAAACAAUUUUUGGGAUCGCCAUGUCAAACCGAGAGAGAUUGUGCGGGAAUUGAAUUUUCAACGUGUUCAGAUGACAAUAUUUGUCCUCUAGGUCAAUUUUGUACAACGAGUAAACCGUGUACUAUUAAGAAUUCUAUUUGUAUUAAUAAUAAAUGUCAAUUAAAAGUUACUCAAGUUUGUAAUGGAAAUGACGAUUGCCCGGGCAUGGGACAAGAGUGUUCUAAUCGAAGAUGUGCUUGUAAAGAUAAUCAUAUUGCAUUGACGAGCACAAAAUGUGUACCAGUCUUGGAUGGUUAUUGUUCAAAGAACAAGGAUUGCUAUGUCAAGAAUUCAGUUUGUCUAUCGAAUAGAUGUCAAUGUGAUUUCGAUCACUUGCCGCAUUCUAAUUAUGAAUGUGAAUCCAAUUGUGAAAGAGUUAAGUUUGCCAAAUGUUCGAGAACUCAGAUUUGUAUAUGCUCAUCAAAUACACUGACUGUUAAUUGGACAUCCUGUGUACCAAUUUUAAAUGGAUUCUGCCAGACAAAUGCCGACUGCAAAGUAAAUAACUCUGAGUGUUUUGAUCACGUGUGCGAAUGCAAAUCAAUGUUUCAAGCUAUUGCUAAUACUGAAUGUAAAAGAGCACACUUAGGCAUGAAUUGUCGAGAAUCCAUAGACUGUAAUAACUUCCUAGACCACUCAGAAUGUUCUGAAGAAAAUAAAUGUGCAUGUCGUCAUGGUCAUUAUGCAAUAAACAAUACGACGUGUGCACCAGCAUUCAACGGAGCAUGCCGUUAUGGAGAAUUAUGUGCACCUGAAAACUCUAUUUGCAUCAGCCAUAAAUGUCAAUGCAAACCUGAUUAUGUUUAUCGAGGAUCCAAAUGUGUGACAAAAUUUUUGGGAAUGCCAUGUCAAACCGAGAGAGAUUGUCAGGGAAUUGAAUUUUCAACGUGUUCAGAUGAUGAUAUUUGUGUUUGUAAAUUGAAUUACGGGGGACCGGAUUUAUUAACUUGCUCACCACUUAUAGGGAUAAAAGUUACUCAAGUUUGUAAUGGAAAUGGCGAUUGCCCGGGCAUGGGACAAGAGUGUUCUAAUCGAAGAUGUGUUUGUAAAGAUAAUCAUAUUGCAUUGACGAGCACAAAAUGUGUACCAGUCUUGGAUGGUUAUUGUUCAAAGAACAAGGAUUGCUAUGUCAAGAAUUCAGUUUGUCUAUCGAAUAGAUGUCAAUGUGAUUUCGAUCACUUGCCGCAUUCUAAUUAUGAAUGUGAAUCCAUUUCGAUGGAAAAAAUGUGUUCGAUGGAUACGGAUUGUCAAAAGAUUAAAAAUUCAAGAUGUUCAACAGAUCAUGUAUGCGCUUGUGAUAUGAAUUACUUUGCAUUUGGUAAAUUUCAUUGUCUACCAACUUUGAGUGGAUUUUGUUUGAAUGAUAUCGACUGCUAUUCUGAUUCAUUUCGUUGUUCUGAUAAUCAAUGUCAAUGUAAAAGUAAUUACACAGCAGUAUCCGUUGACAAAUGUGUUGAAAAUAUAUUAGAUUCAAAUUGUACAACUGAUUCUGAUUGUAACAGAGUAAAAUUUGCCGAAUGUUCGGCAACUAAAAUUUGCAUAUGCUCAUCGAAUACACUGGCUGUUAAUUGGACAUCCUGUGUACCAGUUUUGGAGACACACUGCCAGACAGAUCACGACUGCAAAGUUGAUAAUUCUGAGUGUUUUAAUAACCAGUGUAAAUGCAAACUUAUGUUUAAAACUACUUCGAUAACUGAAUGUAAAAGACCACACUUAGGAAUGAAUUGUAGAUUAUUCACAGACUGUGAUCGGUUCUUACCUCACUCAAACUGUUCUGAAAAUAGUGAAUGUGAAUGUUUUCGUGGUUACUAUGCCAUAAACAAUGAUACGUGUGCGCCAGGAUUCAACGUAGCAUGCCGAAAUGGAGAAUUAUGUGCAUACGAAAACUCUAUUUGCAUAGACUAUAAAUGUCAAUGCAAACCUGAUUAUGUUUAUCGGAGAUCCAAAUGUGUGCCAAAAUUUUUGGGAAUGCCAUGUCAAACUGAGAGAGAUUGUCAGGAAAUUGAAUUUUCAACGUGUUCAGAUGAUAAUAUCUGUGUUUGUAAAUUGAAUUACGGGGGACCGGAUUUAUUAACUUGCUCACCACUUAUAGGGAGCAACUGUUCAAAAAAUGAUGAUUGUGUUGUUCAAAAUUCUUAUUGUUUUCUUAAAGAAUGCCGGUGCAUAGAGAACCAUUUCGCUCAUUCAAAUGAUCUGUGUACCCCGGUAAGAUUUAGUCAACGGUGUUAUGCAAAUGCUGAUUGUAAAAGUACAGGACAUGAGUGUUCUAAUCAAAGAUGUGCUUGUAAAGAUAAUCACAUUGCAUUGACGAGCACAAAAUGCGCACCAGUUUUGGAUGGUUAUUGUUCAAGAAAUAAGGAUUGCUAUGUCGAUAAUUCAAUUUGCGUUGAAAAUAAAUGCCGAUGUGAUAUCAAUCACUUGCCAAAUUCUAAUUAUGAAUGUGAAGACAUUGUAUUGAAUGAUUCCUGUGUCAAUAAUGAAGAAUGCAGCGGCAUAAAGCAUGCCAAAUGUUCCAAAGAUAAACUUUGUGCCUGUAUAAUAAAUAAUAUCCGGGUAAAUGAAACAUACUGCGCACCAGCGUUGAGAGCGUUUUGUUGGAAGGGCGAGAAAUGUGCUACUGAUAAUGCUUCUUGUAUUAAUAAUGAAUGUCAAUGCGAUGGAAAUUCUGUACAGCAAUCCAAUGAUCAGUGCUUACCAAAGCUAUUAGGAUCAUCUUGUGAAACUAAUUCUGAUUGCGAAAGAGUUAAAUUUUCCAAAUGUUCAGCAACUAAAACUUGUAUAUGCUCAUUGAAUACACAUGCUGUUAAUGGAACAUCAUGUGUACCAAUUUUACAUGAAUUCUGCCAGACAAAUGACGACUGCAAAGUGGAAAAUUCUCAGUGUUUUAAAAACGUGUGUAAAUGCAAAUCAAUGUUCAAAACUAUUGCGAAUACUGAAUGUAAAAAACAUUAA